AUGCCCAAUGUCACUGCAGUUAACCAGUUCAUCCUUCUGGGGUUCUCCAAUGUCAAGGAACUGCAAACUUUGUGCGGAGUGGUCUUCCUGGUGCUGUACCUGGCAGCACUAAUGAGUAAUUUCCUCAUCAUCACUCUCAUCACUCUGGACCUGCAGCUCCAAACACCCAUGUACUUCUUCCUAAAGAAUUUGUCUCUGUUGGAUGUUUUCCUUGUGUCAGUCCCAAUCCCCAAUUUCAUUGUCAAUAGCCUAACUCAUAGCAGCUCCAUUUCAAUCCUAGGAUGUGCCUUCCAGAUACUUUUAAUGACUUCUUUCUCAGUGGGAGAGAUAUUUAUCCUGACUGCCAUGUCCUAUGACCGCUAUGUAGCCAUCUGCUGUCCCCUACGCUAUGAGUCCAUCAUGAGUGAUGAUCUCUGUGUGUUGAUGGCAGGCUUUUCCUGGGCCACUGGUGCAUUCUUUGGUGCUGUAUACACAGCUGGCACAUUUUCCAUGCCUUUCUGCGGCUCCAAUGUGAUCCCACAGUUUUUCUGUGACAUUCCUUCAUUACUGAGGAUUUCCUGCUCUGGUACACUGGUGGUCAUUUAUACAAGUAUUGGAAUUGGUCUGUGUCUAUGCAUGUCAUGUUUCAUCUGUGUUGUGAUCUCUUACUUUUACACUUUCUCGACUGUGCUGAAGAUUCCUAACACUAAAGGUCAAUCCAAAGCUUUUUCCACCUGCCUGCCUCACCUCAUUGUUUUCACUAUUUUCAUUGCAACUGCUUGUUUUGUUUAUCUGAAGCCAUCAUCUAAUUCUCCAACAAUUACAGACAGGCUGCUUGCUUUGAUAUACACUUUGCUGCCUCCAGCACUUAAUCCUGUGAUCUACAGCUUGAGGAAUGCUGAUGUCAAAUGGGCUUUGAAGAGAUUGUUAUAUAUUUGUUCAAGGGUCUCACUUCUUAUAAAACUUUAA